AUGAUCAGUGUGAUCCUGGAGUCCCCAGUGACCUCCCCCGAGUUCCAGGCCCAGCUGCAGGCCUUGGACGCUCAGCUGGGCGCCGUCAAGGACGCCGCUUUCCGCGACACCCUGGCCUGCGCCGACGUCCAGCACGUGCUCGACCGCCUCAGGAUCAAGGCAGUGACCAAGAUCCGGGAGUUUGUGCUGCAGAAGAUUUUCUCUUUCCGCAAACCGAUGACCAAUUACCAGAUCCCGCAGAACUCCCUGCUCAAGUUCAAGUGAGGCACCC